AUGUCAGGAACAGAUCAGCUUUCUGUAAAUUUUAGGUCUUACGAACAUUUUCUGAUGGAUGCUAAACAAAAAAUAACAGAUGAAUUUGCGUCAAAAUCCAGAUUGACUAGUACUACUACUACUACUACUACGACUACGACUACGACUACUGAACCUUCAUCGAAUGAUCAUUCUGUUGCGUUCAACGAUCGCCCGCUUCCUGUUUUUGUACCGAGAAGGCCCCGUUGUGUGUUGGUCAAGAAACCAGUUUCUCCUUAUAUAAAGCUGUUUGGUCAAAUAAUCUACCCUACAAAUCGACACGAUCACGAUCAAGAAAAUAUCAAGAACGGUCCGAAACGGAAAAUUGUUGUAGAGGAGAAUGUGAACGAAAAAGAGAAAGUGAAGAAAUCAAAUAAUAAAUGUCGCAAGAAAUUAUUCGCAAACCCUCCGCCUCCACCAGCGAUUCUUCCUCUCGUGUUAGAAGCGAAAAUAAACGCAAUGGGAGGGUACGACGUAAGACUAGUGAUAGAGAAGAUGUUGUACAAAACGGACGUCGAAAAACACGAGGAUCGAUUGUCAAUCCCCGUGAAGCAAAUACGGGACGAAGGGUUUCUCGACGAAGACGAACGGAAGAUUAUAUACGUAGAGGGAGAAGAGUUGAAAGUGAAAUUUUUGGAACCGAGUGAUGAUUGCCAUGAUAUGAAACUGAGGAAGUGGAAUAAGCCUAACUCUCUUACAUUGAGAACAAGUUGGAAAGAAGUUUUAGAGAGGAAUUUGGACAUAAUUGAUGAGGAGACAAAUGUGGUUGUAGAAGAGAAGCAUCUUAAGAAGGGAGACAUAGUUCAGCUUUGGUCUUUUAGGAAACAAUCAGUGGAACAUUUAAAACAUGAACAUUGGCUUGCUCUCAUUAAUAUGAGUCGCAUUGCAUGA